GUCGCAUUAACCAUGCUCAUCGUGAUAGCCAUGCUCUACUGUGUGCUCUUGGCCGCUUCAGCCCCCGAAGUCCAACUGGGCAAGACCAAGCUCGUUGGAAGAGAUCUUACAGGGCUACAGCGAUGCUCAAGGCUAAGACAUUGGCCAGGGAUUCCAUUCGCUGAACCUCCGGUUGGCGCCUUGCGCUUAGAGCGCCCCGUAUUGAAAACGGACAUUGAUACCGAUGAAUUCGACGCCCAAAAUUUUGGACUAGCCUGUUUACAGGAGGGCCUUGAAACCGAUGCGAUGUCGGAGGAUUGUUUGACUAUCAACGUAUUUCGUCCGACAGGGGUGUCUUCUGAGGACUCAUUGCCCGUGAUGUUCUGGACCUAUGGUGGCGGUUUCUUUGAAGGCGCGUCGUCGUCGUUCAAUGGAAGUAAUCUCGUUGCACAGAGCGUUACUAGAGGUACUCCUGUCGUCUAUGUGAACUACAAUUAUCGGUUAGGGCCAUUAGGUUUCCCUCAAGGACAGGAGGCUGCCGACCGAGGACAGCUCAACCUCGGAGUCAGAGAUCAACUAGCUGCCCUGGAAUGGGUUCAAGAGAAUAUUGGUUUGUUCGGUGGCGACAAAACCAAGGUGACAAUUUUCGGAGAAAGUGCUGGAGCCAUGUUGACAAAUCUCCUUUUUCUCAACUCCUUGAUCUCUAACUUAGCUCGGGCUGCGAUCUUCGAGUCUGGCGCUUCGUCCUCGCCCGUAACUUAUAAUGCAUCCACACGAGAAUCUUCCUGGCGGAACUUUGUAGCAGGGACACCAGGCUGCGAGUCUAUCGCUGGUACGCAGAAUACUUUUGACUGCCUGCAGGCGGCGAAUUCGUCUGCUAUAUAUCAAGGACUUGUGGAGGCCUUUGCGUUGGCCAUCGAAGGAUUUCCUUUUGAUCCUGCAUUGGACGGUCCCUUCGGUCUUUUACCCGAUCUGCCGUCACGUCUUUGGGCAAAGGGCGAGUUUGCCACGCUUCCCUUCAUAUCAGGCACGAACCUAGAUGAAGGAACGCUCUUCUUGCCGACAAAUCGCAGCUACACCGAUGAGGACAUCAAAGAUUACAUGACAGCCACCUACUCACCUUACCCACCUUACCUCUCUGAUGAUAUCCUGGACCGACUUCUCGAACUGUACCCUGACGACCCAUCCUUGGGCUCGCCGUAUGGCACCGGAAAUGAAACUUUUGGAUUGCCUUCAGGCUUCAAGAGAGUGGCUGCGAUGAGCGGGGACUUGACCUUUGACGCUCAGCGCCGCACAUGGACACAGACCGCUGCACAAGCAGGCGUGAAAGCUUACGGAUACCAAUUCACGCAGAAUGUCUCGUCGAACGCGGCUUACUUGGGAGUUCCUCAUGCGUCGGAACUAGACUUUAUCUAUGGACAAUUGAACUCCUCCACGGAGCCCGCUUCGUCGAUCUUGUUGGGCGAAAUGAUGGUCGACUAUUGGGUUUCAUUUGCUACGAGCUUGGAUCUCAACGAUGGCUUGGGAAUAUCUCGUCCCAACUGGCCACAGUACACACCGGACAACGAGGUGCUCUUACAAUUGCAUGGUGGUAAUACGACCGUCAUUCCGGAUAAUUAUCGGAAGGAACAAAUUGAGUUCCUAAGAGAUAACGCUGUCGCUUUUCGCCGGUAAGCCAGUGUCUCUAUACGAUCUCUGUAUCUUUUCGUUCAAAUCCAAGCGUAUAUCUUCUUGGCUUUAUUGCUGAGUGGUGUUGACUAAGAAAGAGAAUCACAUGAACAUUUUUGGACUCUCUCCGCGAGUGCCCGCUGAAGACAGAUAUAAGAGUUGUUGAAGGGACACGAGACUUCUCCGAAGGUAUACUCGAUCAUCACACGGACGCUGAUGCACCCAAGAUUCGAGACGUGAUUCGGUGUUGACGCCAAACAUGGACUUGAUAUAGGAAAGGGUGGUCACGACGUCGGUUUGGGAAGAAGCACCGAUGUACGGG